CCCUUGUCCCCCUCCCUUCUCUCUGGAUGUUUAGCUCCUCCCUCCCUCCCGUUUUCAUCUCUCCCUGUCUGGCUCCUCUGGGUGACAGUCAUUGUUUGUCUUCUCUUCGUUGGGGCAGCCUCGUUUCUCCUGAAGGAUGUCGGGCCUUUUGACGACUAACUCCAGCUCCGUGCUCCUCCUGCUGUCUGUCUCCCCGGCCCUCCUUCUCCUCCUCCUCCUCCCGCCGUUGCCGCUGGACGCCAAGUCAUUGUCCGCUGCCCGUGGAGUGGCGGGGCGUGGUCUGGACGCCACAGGAGGCGGGGUCAGGCAUCUCCGCAGAGACCUCCGUGAUUCGCUGCCGUACGAGGCCGGGAUGAUGUCCUAUCCUGGGGAGUCGGCUGACGUUCUAACCCGGCGGGGGGGCAACGAGCUGCUCUAUCAACCAGAGGAGUGGAGGGGGCAGGGCUUAGGACAGGCUCUGCAGCAAUUGGUGGAGAACGACGAGAGGCAUGAACAGGAAACGGCGUACCUGUCCGGGUUGCUCCGCCUCCUCAGUGAAGCUGAAGGAGCUGCCGGAGAGGAGGGGGGUGAGGAGGACCAUGGGCCAGGGGACUUCCAAGGGCCCUAUACCCGUGACUACGAUGAGACAGAGCAGGGGAUAAGAAUGGGAAAGCCCCAGGCUGCAGCUCCAUGGCAGGGCCUACUGGACCCCCAGCUCACCCAGGCUCUGCUCAACAGAUACAGGCAGGAGAGGCUGCAGCAGCAGGCCGGGUUACCAGGUCUACCAGCCGCCAUCAACAGGUUUACAGACAACAGGCUGGAAACAGGCAGCCAGGACCAAGACCAGGAGGCUCUGAGAUACCUCGUAACCAAGAUCCUGUCCAGCAUUAGUCCCAACAACCCCCAGGGUUCGUCAGGCCGCCGGGCGAGGAGGGACCUGGUGUCUGUGUCUGGUGGUGGGGGUGGAGGGGUCAGAGCAGCCUCAGAACCAGUCUUCCACAGAUCCCGUCGCUCCCUGGUCUCCCCUCCUACUCCCUCCCCCAGCCGGGAGCCCUCUCCGGGGCUUCUGAGGGUCAAGAGGCUGGGGUACAUGGAAGAGGGCCCUGGAUGGCUUGGGGGAGAGAGGGAGGGCCACAAGACCCCAAACCAUGCUGUGGGGUUACAGAGGAUGAAGAGGAUCGACACCGAACUACAGGCCCAGCCUGGUGGGAGGCCCAGCCGCAGGAGAAGAGCCCUGAACUACGACCCCCAAGCCCUAACCCACGACCCCGAGCUGCUGGUCCAACACAUCCUACACUACCUGCCACAGUAGAGAGGGAGAGAUAGAGAGACAGUGAGAGAGAUGGAGAGACAGAGAGAGAGAGAUGGAGAGAGAGAAACAGAGAGAGAUAGAUAAACAGAGAGACGGAUAUAGAGAGAUACAGAGAGAGAUAUAGAUGGAGAGAGAGAAACAGAUAGAGAUAUAGAUAUAGAUGGAGAGAGAUAUAUAUAUAGAGAGAGAGCGAUAGAGAAGCAGAGAGAUAGACAGAUGAGAGAGAGAAACAGAGAGAGAUAUAGAUAUAGAUGGACAGAGAGCGAUAGAGAGAGUUGGAGAUAUGGAGAGAGAUGGAUAGAGAGAGAUGGAUAGAGAGAGAUGGAUAGAGAGAGAUAGAUAGAGAGAGAUAGAGAGAGAGAGAGAUAGAGAGAUGGAGAGAUGGUUAGAGAUGGAGAGAGAAGCAGAGAGAGAUAGACAGAUAGAGAGAUAGAGAGAUGGAGAGAGAUGUAGAGAGAGAUAGAGAGAGAGAUAGAGAGAGAGCGAGAGAGAGAGAGAGAGAUGGAGAGAUGGUUAGAGAUGGAGAGAGAAGCAGAGAGAGAUAGACAGAGAGAGAUAGAGAGAUGGAGAGAGAAGCAGAGAGAGAUAGACAGAUGGAGAGAUAUAGAGAGAGAGAGAGAGAGAGAGAGAGAGAGAGAGAGAGAGAGAGAGAGAGAGAGAGAGAGAGAGAGAGAGAGAGAGAGAGAGAGAGAGAGAGAGAGAGAGAGAGAGAGAGAGAGAUGGAGAGAGAGAGAACCUCAUGCUUAUUAACAGUGUAGUAACACCUUCUAACACUCUAUAUAUUAUAAUAUUCAUAAACGUCUUUGAAAUAAAGCUUCAAUCAAAGUA